AUGGGCGGCAUUCUGAAAAACCCUCUUUCUCCGCAUGAACAGGAGACGCAUAACGCGGAGCCUGAAUCCGUGACCGAGUUCCGGCAGCAAGUGCUGAAGAACACACGGCUCAACGCACAGAUGACCACCAGACGCAGCAGCGACCUGCAUAAUGGCGCACACGGCGUGCCGAAGGACACGCUGCAGCUCAAACGGAUGCACGACGAAGAGCGGUUGCAAUGGAACCAGCAGAACCUCGACCAGAACGAGCUCACGAAGCAGCAGUUCCAGGAUAUACAUGUGGACGAGCCCAAGACGCCGUACCAGGGCGCUAUCGACCCUGAAGGCGAAUACUACAAGCAUGAUGACGACGACGACGACGACGGCGACCUCGAGAACUUUACUCUGGGCGACCCCGAGUACAGUGUCCCGGUGCCGCCGGUCGCGCAGAACGGCGAGCCCGAAGGCAGCCAGGAAGCGGACGAUGACCAGGCUGCGCAGCGCCGCCGCUUCGAGGAGCUGCGCCGCAAGCAUUACAACGUCAGAGAGGCGUUCAGUAACCGGCAGCUGAGUGAAGAUGAAGAAGAGUAG